AUGAAACUCCUGUGUUUGUCCAAUUCGAUAUUUAUGGAUCCACCCAUCAUCACUGAGAGCACAUUUUCAGCAGCCAAUCCUUCAUCCUACAGUUUAACUGGGAUCUGGCCCUUUAAUGACACUAGAAUUAAGGAUUUAGGGCUCAAAAUGGGAACCCUAAUUACCCCAAUUGGGGACCCGAAUACUAAUAAUAAUAAUAACCCAGAUGAUGAAUCAACAUUGACGGAGUAUAGCGGUGGUGAUGGCCGGAAGCGGAGGGAUCCCAAUUUUGAAAAUGAAGGGUCGAAGAUUGUGUCAACUAGUAGUGCGAUUGAUUUGAUUGAAAAUGGUUACAAUGAGAAUGAAGAUGCAAAAGAGGAGUUAAGUGAUUAA